GUAUUAACCUUUGCUUUAUUUUUUAUUUGUUUGUAAACAUUCAUGAUGGCCGGAGUAGCCAGUAGCUGUGUUGCCUUGGUGACCAAUUCAAAUUUAUAUGCUAUAUAAAUUUAGGUUCUUUGUAAAAUAAAAAACAACACAUAAUCAACGUUUAUGACAUUGUUGUUGAUUCCUGAAGUAAAUUUUCACAGCUGAGACAAAUGGCAAACAGGAGGAACAAGACAAAAAAACUGCUGCAGUUAGCCAAAGUCACUUGGAAGAAAAACUUGUACGAAAAUAUAGGUUUUCCAGACAACUACACAGAUGUCACAUUUCUAGAAAACCUACGUCGGAAUGUAAACAAAGUGGAGAUAACGUUCCUGAGUGCCGUCUGUGGCGCCGGUCUGGUAACGCAAGAAAUCUGCUCCGUGAUCUUGUUUGUGAUAGUUUUCAUGUACCUGCACUGCAACUGGAUUCAGCCAGAAACAGUGUUCGUGGCAAGUAGCGUGGCCACAAGCAUAGGCUACUGCGCACACCGGCAAGUCCCGGAUAAGGGGCACAACCGCCUGCAGGUUUAUGCAAAGGAUGCCAAGACGGUAGUGAUAUUCCUGGUGUUCGGGUACGUCCUCUCGCCCAUCCUCCAUACCCUCACAGACACCAUCAGCACCGACACCAUCUACGCGAUGGCAGCGUUCAUGAUGAGCGUGCACGUAGUGUUCUUCGACUACGGCCUCUCAGCAGCAGUGGUCUCCAGCUGCCUGUCGCUCAACGCGGCCCUCUUUGCAGCCGUGUGUCUAGUGUCACGUCUAGCAUCGCCCUUCCACGCCUUCGUGCUGCUGACUUGUGCGGUGGAAAGCUUCGCACUCCUCCCACUCCUGCUGGUCCAAUGGCGGGGCUCCGCGCUCGUGUUGGUGGCCACGGUCGCCUUGACUGUGCUCGCGCUACUCUCCGUGUCCCUCAUCAUCACCGUGAUCUUCAUCUGCGCGGCACUCUUCAUCACCGUCGUCUGCCCAUUGUGGUUCCUACAGUGGCAGACACACAAGGACAACAUCUAUGGCCCCUGGGACGAAGCCAUCAUCGACGAUACACACUGGGAAUAACAGCUUCCUCGCUGCUCACUUUACAUUGUAACUGCGUACCUCGUAAGUAAUUUAUUGUUUUUAUUUAUUAAAAUAACAGGAAUUUUUAUUUUAUAUUUAGUUUGAUCUAAAAUACAGGCUAACUGCUUUGCAGAGAAAACUUAAUUGUACACAAUAUGCAAGGUCAAAAUGAUCAUUUCCUAUGGAAAUUGUUGUCCGCGUAUAAUAGCAUAGCUGAGCUUUAGAGAGGAACAAAAUCUGAUAGGUUUAGAAUAGAGAGAAAAGAUUCACCUAUAGAAAAUGCCAUUAUUUUCUGACCUGCCAUGAUAAAAUUGCUGAGUGGAAUAAUCAGCAGAUCAGCUGCACUACAGUUUUGAUUUACAAGUUUUAAUUUAAGAUCAAUUAAUUAAUUUGGAUAUCCAAAAAUUACAACUGUUUGUUUAUAGUUUUAAGUUUUCACUUCUGUCGGCAGUCCUCAUUACUUUUUUCUUUUAUUAAUUACAUUUUAUAUCUGCAACAUUACUCUUUAUAAAUAACUCAGCUGCAUAGCAAGGGCCAGGGUGGCACCAGGAACAAUGCUAGCAUGCAAUCAGUAUUAUAUUACGCUCUUACAUUCUGAAAUAAAUAGAACCCCAAUUACAUGUGCAUGACCACUCCACCAUGCACUACGCACCACUGCUAGCCAAAUCAUCAUGCUUAUAUGUGGUGGUUAUAAUGAUUAGAGAUAUCUCUAAAAUUCAAAUGCCAUAUGUAUUGCAAAACUAAAGUAAAUUAUAUUAUUACUGUACAAAAAAGCACUUCCAUUGAAAUAUUUUGUUAUGAAUGAGAAAUAGAAUCUUGUACAGGGUGUCUACAGGUAACAAAAAUCAUAAAGAAGUAACAUAAUUGAAGGAAUUGUUACAAAAGUCAUAUAAAAGUAACAAAACUGAAGGUCAAAGUAGUCACAUAAAGGUUCCUAAAUAAACUGUAAAGGUGCUGGAAGUCAUGAAGUUCUGAUUUCCAAAAGCCUUUUGCUGACUUGCAUAUUGUUUUUUAAUGUGUCACUUCAGUUUAUAGUUGCAAGUUAAAUGUAAGUGGUGUAGCAGUUAUCGUUGAAUAGUGUAUAGCUUUUUAACACAAAAAUUGGCAUGUUUCUGUAAUAGUACAUCUAAUUUGUUCUGUGUUUAAUUUGGUUUGUAGACACCCUGUUGAAAUUACUACACUUGUGCUGAUAAAAUAGCUUGUGUUUCGUGUAUUGUUCCCACCCCAGUUUUCAAGGUGAAAUGUACUUGCUGGCAUCCUCCGCCCUCCGUAGAGCAUUACGGGAAACAAGAGAGGCUGCUCAGGUUUAUUCCUAUCUCCCCUAGGCCUCUGCCUCUGAUUGUACCAGUGCACUAUUCUGACUGCUUGCGUCCUGUUGUUUUGAGAACCCAGUCACUUUGUUACUCUUAAUUUCUUUCCUAUUUUAACCACGUUACAUUCCAAGUUGAUCUGGCUAGGCAUCCCAGAUAGAUAACAAUUACCUGAUUCACUUGAACAGUUUAUAAUGUUAAUAUGCAAUAACUUUAAAGAUUAUUUUGACUUUAGUCUUUCACCAAAAUUAGUUGAAAGGAAAAGUUUUUUGUACACAAACGUGUACGUGAUGAAACUAAGAUUUUCCAUUUUUAAUUACUCAGAACGUUAUUCCAGGACUUAAUACAAGGGCGCCAGAGGUCAUCAAUAAUUAAAAACAAAAUAACACAAAAAAAACUUAUUUUAUUGUUUUAAUCAUAAUGAGAAACCUUGAGUCAUGGAAAUAAUAACCAAACAAACAAAUAUUAAAUAAAGUCUAUGGGAUGUCGUAGAUAACCUGACUCUUGAAUAAAAUACAAAAUAAAUAAAUUUCCUGAAAUUGUUCACUGAGUAAAAGUUUUGGGGUUUUGCUCCGGCUUGCUCGAGCAUGAAACGCCUAACCAAAAGACUUCUGGACUUGUGUACAUAUAGUUUGUGCCAAUGUGAGUAAAUUUGCUGUUAAUCGCCGAAAGUCAAUGUUCUACUAAUUUUAUAAUAAUCCAAAGUUUAUAUAAUUAUAGUUCGCGUAUGUUGACGGUAAAAUUUACGCCAAUUUUAAUAUAUAGCGAUGAUGCAGACCAUACCUUAACUAUAGAUGCUUAAUGUCGUUCGUAAAAUACUUCGUCGCUCACGUGAAUUGAAUGCGAUUAUUCUGCAUUCAAUUACAGGGCGUCAAUUAACAUUGCCCAGUAUUUUGACGUAAUUUCCAGAUCAAUAACGCCGAAAUUAGCAUCGCCACGAACGAAAUAUUCCCAGAGGGAAUACACUACCACACGCACUAAACGGCGUCAUUUUCCACUCUCUCUCUUCUCUCUUGCCGAAAUUAAAUUGUUAAUUGAAAAGGGCCAAUCACGGCCGCGACACGUUAGCGUCCUUUUUAAUGAAGCCAAUGAAAUGUCAAUAUCAAUCAAGCAUAGGCUCGUUAAAGCUGUUCCGAACGCCGCGCGAUUAUUUAUUUUAGCAGUUGUCAUGACGACACAGCACGAGAUGCGCGCGCCGCCAUGCGUGGAACAAAACAAAACACUGCCGAAAGUAUCGGGAAGCGGUAUUAACCUCGAACGUAAAACAAUAAUAAACAGUUUCAGUUAGUCUGAUAAUACCGUAGUAUUACAGUGCCGCUCCCGAUAUAAAUUUAUAUUUCACUGUCCAAAAAGUUAAAUUCAAUUUAGAUCGUUAAAAAAAUAACUGGAACUGGUUACUUCACAAGUUGGCAACAUUGCGAUGAAAGUUGAAAAACGUUAUUCUCUUGCCAAACGACACUACUCUUCGUAGGCUGGACAGUCGCACUGUUGUUUGUAAACAUGAUCUGUCUACAUGUUGUGGAAUAUCAGUUACCUGAUUAGGCGAAGCAAGGAUGUAGAAGACAGCUCACCAAUCUCCAUACAUGGUAAGUGACAGCUGAGCAGAGAGGUUGACUGCGGUGUAAACCACAGUGCUGGGAUGGCGGUUCAGCCAACAAUACACUGUUGUAGGCGAUCGACGUCGUGAAGACUGCUGGACCAGUGUGCUGUUCAUCGAUGAUCGUAUCACCUGAUGUCACCAAUGACAUCACGAUGGAUGCUGUGGUGUCGUGCUGAUGCAGACCCACCGGGUCUGCGGCGUGUUCGCUGGGGUCGUACCAACUGGUACGAGCUGCUGAGUCAAAUGUCCAACACAUGACUCUACAUGUGCCUUGGACUACUGCUGCUGCUGCUGCUGCUGCAGCUGCAUCUACUGCUGCAGACGGUGUCGAAGGGGACCGCAACAAAACUCGUUCAGUUCGUCGGCAAUCAGAAGACACACACACACGUUAAUCACACGUCCUAUAACAGUUCUUAUCACUUGCGCGAUAUGAAUAUACAGCGUCCUGUGAUCGUGCCUCAUGUUAUCACUAACCCCUCUUCUUCUCUUGCUCCCCUACUCUAACAUAAAUUAAAUGACUCGAGAUUCCUCAAACUCAUAAAAUUAAUAAUUCAUAACAACUUAAUAAUAAAUAUAAACAUUAAUUGAACACAUAAUAACUCUGUUAAAUAAUAAGGUAAUGAAUAAAUAAACAGUAUUUGCAACAAUAGCAUUGCAUAGUGUUUUUCAAUAACAACAACAGGUUAUUGUUUACCUUUAUUGUAGGUGAUGAAUAAAUAAAAUAUAUUUUAUGGAUGUUAUCAACAUAAUAUCUUCACCUAGUAAAUAAUUACAUUCAAUUUCUUAAUUGAGAUUUGUCAAUAAUAUUGGGCUUUCAAUAACAUAUUAGCAUAUUUAAUAUGCUUCUCACAUAUCAUAUGUGAAUAUUUUCCUUCAUCACAUGUUAUACAAUAGCUACACUUAUUUACAAGAAGAGACAUUAUUUGCUUCUCAGCUAUGAAAUAAUGACAAUAACCUCAAGAUAAAUAUUAUUGAUUGAGUGCUAGUGUAUAGUGUUUAUGUUUUUAAAGCUGUUCAUUAAAGACAAUCUUUAAAAUUCUUUAUCUUUCAUUUCUUCUUUUCUCAAUAUAAAGUGGAGUGUUUUUACAUCCUAUUCAUAAGAGUGUGGAUGAAGUUGAUAUCCACUUAUAGUUUCGGGUGUCCUGUGGGAACCCAAUUAAAGUGCAUUAUUAACUACUAGACGAUGAAGAAGCAUAGGUAGGGGCAAGGCAGUAGCCUGGAUCAAACUGUAAGUACUCAUACCAACAAGUGUGUUCAUUUAGUAGGAUAUUAGUCAACUAAUCUUUAGGCCAUUAAUUAUAUGUAGUAUUUAGUUGUGUGUUGCAUUUGUUAUACAUUGUAAUAUGUCACAUAAUGUUUGUACACAUCUUAUGCCAAAUUUUAUUUAAACCUCACGUGUAUAUCCAUUGCUAAUACGGUCGAACUCGACUAAUAGGGUGAUAAUAACUGUGUCUCAACACAGUAACUGUACACACAGUACAUAAUAUUUGGUAUGUCCCUCUAGGACAAUGUACCAAACCAACGCUCAGGCAACACAUAUGCUCCAAGCACAAAUAUCAGUUGGAAUAAAAUCAUCAACUGACAAACACCCUAAUUCUUCGAAUAUAAAUUACCAUAUCGAAGCAAUGAGGUACCUAUACACCUGGAUUACCUCUAUCAACUUACGAGGAUAUAUAUAAUUAAAUUUCCUUAGUAACAUAAACAAUACAAUGAUUUUUUAGCAUAACACAAGUAAUAAUGGUACAUAUUUGGUGUUCUAAUCCACCACAGGUGUUUUGUAAGGCCUAAGCUGACUCAAAUUGUAAUUCCCUACAAUUUUUCCUGUAUCAGGGUCCUGUAGAGUGUAGCAGUUACAUUUCUCCACAGCUACUACUUUGUAGGGACCUGAGUACAAUAAAAAUAGUUUCUUCGCUAGAUGAGCCCACUUGUUACUAGUUGGUGCUGUACGGCGUAGAACUAAGUCUCCUACAGUGAAUUUACUGAUCCUAGAUGCUGGCUUCCUUUUCUUCCUAAGGUCGGCUUCUCUUGUUAAUUUGUCUCGUACUAGUUCUUCGAUUUCUUCCUGAGUUGGCCUCUCCAUGUCACGUUCAGGUGUGUCGCAUUCCGGUAUUAAUUUCGGUGGUAACACCUCCGAUCUUACAGAGCAUAGGGCUUCAUGGGGGGUUAUGCCAAUAGACGAGUGAAUUGUGUGAUUCAGUACACACUCAAUAAAUUUAAUUUGAUCUCGCCAUGACUGUUGCUUGUCGUGGCAAUAUAUACGUAGCAUAUUGCCAAUUGAUCUCAUCUGACGUUCCACGGGGUUUGACUGAGGGUGUCUAAUGGAAGAUGUUGUUGGUACAAUGUUCAACUUCCUAAUUCCUUCUCGCCAGGUAUCACUGGAGAAUUGUGUACCCCUGUCAGAUAGUACCACAGUAGGUUUUCCUACAGUUUCCACAAAAUCCUUCAUCUUUGCGAGUACGGUCAGUAAGACUGUGGCUAACAUAGAUCGGUAUGGCAAACAAUUGUAACUUGGCAUAACAAUAUUACCCCCUUUGCUCUGUAUAGGGUCUGGUGAUCGGGGUGUUACGUCACCAACCCUCUCUAGUUUGACGAGUUCGUAUUGUUUUCAGUUACAGCUUGUGUGUAGCUGCAACUCGCAGUCGGCUGAGGCUGCGUUCCUGUGCAGUUGGGUGGGAUCGGCUGCUGCCGAGCAAAAUAUCCUCGCUGCAUGGGAUACGAUGUGGUUGGAGGAUGGUUGAGUGUAGAGAAACUCGCUGGUGAUUGAUUCACAGGAGCGGUGUCUGCUACAGGGGGAUGCAACAUAUGCUGUUGCAUAUUGUUGGGCGGCUGACGGUUAGAGUAACUCCUGUACUCCCACCUGGGUGGCCUUCCAUUUGGAUCUUCAGGACGGUAAUGCUUUCCCCACCACUGGUUUUGGUUGUGGGUGUAGGGUUUCUUCGGCUGGCGGUUUCCUUGAUGUUGAGGUUGGAAUUCCCUCCUGGUCUUCCACUUCCCUGUCCGGUACUGUUUCGCAGGCUGCCAUGACGUGCAGUGGACGUUGGCCUUGCCGCCGUCGUUACCACGCUGCCAGGGUGUGUAGAGUGGUGCUGCCUUCUGAUGUGUAGGCUUGAGGUCUUUCUCCACCUCACUAUUGUUGUUCCUGGACAGCCGCUCCAGCCGGUCGAAAGCGAGGACCUGUUCGCGGAACUCUGUGAUAUUGUUGAAGCUACGCCCUGUCAAAUGUACUUGGUACUUGAUGGGUAGCUGGGAGGUCACCAUCGCCAUGAACUCAAUAUCACCCAUCUCUGGUUCGAGGUAGCGCGUCCUCUCGAACAUUUGAGACAAGUGUGUCUCCAGAGUUCUGUUCUUCUUGCUAUCAUACCGCUCGGUAUGCAGACGUGCCCUCAGUGUUCCCUGUAUUUUCACAUUCCAAAACUGCUGUUUGAAAUGGCUUUUGAAUUCUUGGUAGGAAGUGAUGGUACUUUGUAAUACCUCCCACCAGUAAUACGCAUGGUCUCUCAGUGCAGUUGCCAUGCAUUUCAGGCGUUCAGUAUCACUUAGCCUGAACAUGUCAGCGUAUUCCUCGAAACGUCGAAGGAAUCUCAUUGGAUUCUCUCCUUCAUGAGCAGAGAACCUAGGCAUCGCCUCUGACCAUUGGCGUGCCGGGUGGUGCAUCACUGCAACUGGGUCCAAUGUGGUGUGUGUGUUAGCUGGGUUGGAGUGUGUGAUUGGGAGCUCAGGUUGCUCAACCUGCGGUGAAUCACAGCUACUGAGGAUUUCAUUGGCAUUGGUGUUCAGGGCUGGGGCCAAUGCUACAUGGUGACUGGAGGUUCGAGUAAGAUUGUCUACCCUCAACUGCAAUACCUUCUCUUGUAGCUUGCCUACCUGCUGCUCUAUGUCCAUCGAAAACUCUGUCUGCCUUUUUACUAAUGUGUCCACCUGCUCCCUCAUGUCUGUGGUAUGAUUGAUUACUACAUUUUCAAUCAUGGUCUGGCAUGUAGAUUGUAUAUUUUCCAGACUACAGCUGUUCUGAGCAGCUUGCUCAGCUAAUUGAUUUAACCUGUCAUUCAGCUGGCUAGUCUGGGUAGUUAACUCUGCUGCUAACCUAGUUGUUGUACUGCUACAUUGUUGUUGUAUUAGCUGCAACUGUGUCUCCGUGUAGUUCUCGUGUUCUGCCAACCGUACAGAAAUAGCAGACACACUACUCUUAACUUCACUCAUUUCCUUUUGAAGAGUGUUAUUAAUAGACUCCUUAGUGUCCCUGAGACCUUCCUCCAGCCUAGCAUUCUGUUCUUGUUGUUGUUUGUCUAAUUGCUGUCGAAGAUUCUCCUCCAACCUAUCACUAGUGCCCUGGAGACUCUCCUCUAACUUAGCACUAGUGCCCUGGAGACUCUCCUCUAACUUAGCACUCCUGGCACUUUGUUCCUGAAAACUAGCUUGCUGUUGUUGGUGGUUAGCUUUCACCUCCUGCCACAUGCUUUGCAGCAUGAUGAGCAAGCUAGCACUUGUUUCAUUACUUAUUGCAGCUGGCAAUAAAGGCAAAGGUGUGUGUGGUGUGGUGUGGUGGUAGCUUGGGGUUGUGUCACAUCUACUCUAGCCGCUCCAGCAUGUGUUACUGGGGUAACAAAAUCUGUGUUAGGUACUUGGCUAGGUGAUGUGGGAACAGACACAUCUACAGAGUGUGUAGACUCCACACUGCUGUCCCUGGAGCUGUCCUGACUGACACGUCUACUCCUUCCCCUAGUUUCCAUAUUUACUGUUUUAAUUUACCACACAAAACACAAUACAAAUAUGCACACUAUCGGCCCCACAGUUCGUGCGCCAGAAAAAUGUGUUUCUAAUCUUAUUCCCUUCUGUACACAAACGUGUACGUGAUGAAACUAAGAUUUUCCAUUUUUAAUUACUCAGAACGUUAUUCCAGGACUUAAUACAAGGGCGCCAGAGGUCAUCAAUAAUUAAAAACAAAAUAACACAAAAAAAACUUAUUUUAUUGUUUUAAUCAUAAUGAGAAACCUUGAGUCAUGGAAAUAAUAACCAAACAAACAAAUAUUAAAUAAAGUCUAUGGGAUGUCGUAGAUAACCUGACUCUUGAAUAAAAUACAAAAUAAAUAAA